CUUAAUGAAGAAAUAAAGAGAUCAAGAGUCGAUGUUUCCAAUGAAGGAAGAGAGUUAAAAUCAGCACUGAUGUCUGUCUGCGGUAAUUAGUUAAUCUGGCAUCCUGCGUGCCUCGUAUAGGUAAAGGUUAAUCUGGAAUGGCGUAAUGAGCUUGAACGCAAUGUCUGCAACAGGCAUUACUGAACAUAAACAGAGCAACACCGUGAGCGGAGGCCACACUCUCGACCCCAGCCGCACAAUGCUGGACCUGAACACAACUAAAAAGCAAUCAGCUGUGUGCGUUGAGCGGCCAGGAUUCAGACAUCACAAAAAAGAGAUAUAUGUGUGUCAUCCUCCUGUGUCCCAGCAGAGCACAGACAGUGGAGAUGAGUUCAUUCAGUUCAGGAAACUGAAUGGCUCGCCCGGCGAGUGUCCCAGUCGCCAGAAUCUCCAUAAGGAGCUUCUGCUCGGCCAUAAGAGAGGGCUGUUGUUGGAGGAGAAACCAGAAUUGCAGCGUGUGUUACAGCAGAGGAGACUUGACCUGCACAGAGAGCAGGAACUUGCUCUCCAACCCCCUUCUGAUCUGGAACAGGAGCUCCGUAAGAGACAGCAGAAAAUGCAGGAGUAUGAGAUGGAGGAACAAAGACGCAUAGAGGAUGAGAAAAAUGUUCCAGAAUUUGUACGAGUGAAGGAGAAUCUACGCCGCAUACAGUUGACAGAACAAAACUGAAGGAUAUGUGGAGAAAAUGCGCCUUGUAAUUUUUACUAUGUAAUGUUUUCAUAUAAUAUUUUGAUGUUAUGAAAUUAAAUGGUGUACAGCUAUAGUGUAGUUUAGUAACGAAGCACUGUAUUUAAGAGUUACAAUUUCUUGUAAAUUUGAGUCAAAAUAAAGAUAUUAAUGUAUUGUAUAAUA